AUGAAGAUCGGGUUCCUUCUGCUGGCGUUGGCGCUUCUCGUAUCCCUUGUGGCUGCGGCCAACAUGGAUAAGUACAAUCUGAGAAAGGGCAAGGAGUUCCUGGAGAAGAAGGCGCUGGAGGAGGGCGUGGUUGCCCUGCCCAGCGGCCUGCAGUACAAGGUCGUCACUGAGGGUCCCGCCGGUGGCAAGAGCCCCUCCGCCGCCGACACUGUGUCCGUGCACUACCGUGGCACCCUUAUCGAUGGCACUGAGUUCGAUAGCUCGUACAAGAGGGGUCAGCCCGCUCAGUUCGGCGUUGGUCAGGUGAUCAGGGGCUGGACCGAGGCCCUGCAGCUGAUGUCUGUGGGCGACAAGUGGGAACUUUACAUCCCCUCUGACCUCGCCUACGGACCGUCCGGCCCUGGUUCCAUUGGACCUAACCAGGUCCUCAUCUUCGAGGUGGAGCUUCUCGACAUUGUGGGAGGCUCUAGCGCUCAGCCCGCCGUCGCCGGUGGCAAGAAGGCCAGGAAGAGCAAGAAGAAGCAGGCGAAGGAGGAGCUCUAA